AUGUACGAUAGAAGAAGACUGAACUGGAUCAAAUUUGCUCUGCAUUUUGCACAGAUUACAUCCCUACUCACAUGCACUUUCGUUCCAGUGAAAUACGAGUUCGCAGCCCUUGUGCAUUACGAGAUUAACCUCGAAACACAGGAAAGAUGCUUGAUGGCCUGCUAUCAAGAUACUGCCUGCACUUUUGUACAAUACGAAAGUAGUGUGUGCAAGAUCUUCAAGGAGGGGACUAACACCCAGCAACCCAGCGCUGCAACAUUUCAAAUUUAUAGGGAACAGGAAGGUUCCUCUUGUUAUUCAAGUUUGAAGAUUGGAAAAGAAGUGACUUUCAAGACCAUUCAAGCCAAGCCCACUGAUACCAGCAUAAUAUGCAACACUGGCCCGAAUGCUCCGAUUAUUAUUCGUAUGUACAAAUACCAGGGUAUCCGCUUCUAUUCAACUGAUUCCUCCGGAUUCCUUCCAGAUGGAAGCCCGCCGGAUCGCAAAUUAUGGCUCACGAAAAAUCCGGAACCGCAAUGCACAGCUGUACCUGUAUUUCUUCAAGCCAAUCACCGUCGAUUGUUCUUCGGAAACGUGUACAACACCACCGGGUACUACUUCCUCAACGGUUACGUUUAUGCAGAGUACUGCGUGUCCAGUUCAGGAAACUGCUGUGGAGCAUAUGAGUUUCGGGAGUAUAUCCUUGAUUCGGAAAAUUAUGUGUACCGCACUACAGAUGAGAAAACGUUGCAACCAUCGAACUUUGGACAGACUUUUUUCAUGGCUGGAUUUGGAGAUCAUCCUGAUUGGAUUCAGCCAUAA